UGAAGAGAGAGAGAGAGAGAGGCUUUUGUCUCGGCCCCCUCCUCGGCUGUGCCUUUCCACACUCAACCGGGCGUUGUCGCUCUAGACAGAAACAAAACCGGCGGCGUGAAACUCAUAUAUAUCUGGCCGGAAAGCUCUCCCCUCUCUCUCUCUCUCUCUCUCUCUCUAAACCCAAAAUCCCCUCAAAUCUUUUCCCCUGUUGGGAAGUUUGAGACUUUGUGUCCUCUUCUUAUGGUACAGUCCCCAUAAGUGAAGUGCCCACUUUGCUGCCCUGCUGCUGCCCUGCCCCUGCUUCAGCUCCUUCUUCUUCCUUGAAGGGGCCAAUGCAUUGCCUCGGUCACACGUAGCAGUUGCAUUGGCCUUCUUCCGAUUGUGCGUGUUGGACCAGUUGCAUGAGCUGUAGAAGAGAUUUGAGAGCAGUCUUGCGGCACAAAUAGAGGAAAUUGCGAGCUACUUGAAGGCUAGAUUCAACUGACAGGCUUUAAAUUCCAAUGGAAAAUGACUACUACGAGGAGCAGCAAGUUCCAUCUGGCAUUCUUACAGGCAUAGUCUUCAAGGUUAAUCCAGGAUCAGAUACGGAGAAAUUAGCGGCUCUAACUAUCAAUGCAGUUAACGAGGUUUAUGAUCCUCGACUGGGACUUCCCAAUCCUACUUAUCAGUGCUCCACAUGUGGUGCCAAAAAUCUGAAAGGCUGUGAAGGUCACUAUGGUUGCAUCAAGUUCCCUUGUGGAAUACUACACCCGUAUUUUCUAGCGGAAGUUGCAAAGAUCUUGAAUAAAAUUUGUCCAGGAUGUAAAUCGAUUAGGCAAAAGCGGGUUAAGGCCACUGCAACAUCGGAAAAUGGUGCACCUGUGGGUUGCAAGUACUGUCUUCAGGGAAGCUCGGUAUUUUGGUAUCCGCCGAUGAAGUUUAGAGUUCCUUCUUCGAAGGAUAUUUUCAGGAAAACUUCCAUAAUAGUGGAAGUAAGAGAUAAGCUACCAAACAACACCAGAAGGAAGCCAUACAAGGCAGAUUUGGCUCCGGAUUAUUGGGAUAUUUUACCUAAAGAUGGAGCACCAGAAGACUCUUCGGCUAAACCAUACAGAAGAGUUUUAUCACCUGCCCAGGUCCAUAAUUUGUUGACUGGGGUCGAUUUGAAAUUCAUCCAGAAAUUGAUCCCUGACAUAGAGUCGUUAUUCCUCAACUGUUUCCCGAUAACUCCGAACUGCCAUCGGGUUACAGAAGUUUGUCAUGCAUUUACUUAUCGACAUAAAGUGGCCUUUGACAAUCGAACAAGGGCAUACAGGAAAUUGGUCGAUUUCCGAGGAUCGCCUAAUGAGUUAGGAUCUCGUGUCCUUGAAUGUCUGAAAACAUCCAAGCUCAACCCGGACAAGCUUUCAAGCACCGAGUCUGCUUUUGCACAGAAGAAGAAAAACGACUCUGACUUCAUCUCCUCAGGCUUGAGGUGGAUGAAGGAUGUAAUACUUGGGAAGCGAAGCAACCAUUGUUUUCGGAUGGUUGUUGUGGGCAACCCCAAUCUUAAGUUAAGUGAACUCGGUGUCCCUUGUUAUAUUGCUGAGAAAAUGCAAGUUGCUGAGAUUUUAAAUAGAUGGAAUUCAGAAACUCUCAAGACUAGUGUUGAUCUCUCUCUGCUCGAGAAGGGCAAAGUUUUUGUCCGAAGGAGAGGGGAUCUUGUGGAGAUCCGUCGGAUGACAGAGCUAGAAGUAGGAGACAUGAUAUAUCGACCAUUAAGCGACGGUGAUACCAUCCUCAUAAACAGGCCCCCUUCGAUCCACCAGCAUUCCCUUAUUGCUCUGUCCGUCAAGGUUUUACCUGUGCAUUCUUGUCUUUCCAUCAACCCGCUCUGUUGCUCCCCUCUCCGGGGAGAUUUUGAUGGAGAUUGCCUGCAUGGGUAUAUUCCCCAGUCAGUAGAAGCUCGAGUCGAGCUCAAGGAGCUUGCAGGCCUUGAUAAGCAGCUCUUCAAUGAGCAAAGUGGGCGGAACUUGCUUAGUUUUGGCCAAGAUAGUCUGCUUGCUGCUCAUCUACUUUUGGAUAGUGAAGUAUACCUGGAUCAAUUUCAGUUACAGCAGCUCAGCAUGUGGGCCUCCCGUGAGCCGCUUCCUCCCGCGAUCACGAUAGCGCCUCCUUUAGCAGAUAAGGAUGGCACUAGGACUUGGACAGGAAAGCAACUCUUCAGCAUGCUCCUGCCUAGGGGAUUCAACUGGGACCAUCCAUCAACCAAUGUCCAUAUUAUGGACGGAGAGAUAUUGUCUUCUGAGGGGUCCACUUGGUUACGGGAUUCUGAUGAACGAAACCUCAUCCAGAAGUUAGUCGAGCAUUGUCAGGGCAGGACCCUCGACUUCCUGCAUGAUGCACAGGAAAUGCUCUGCGAGUGGCUUUCCAUGAGGGGCUUCAGCGUCGCCUUAUCGGACUUGUACCUUUCAUCUGAUCCCCAUUCAAGGGAAAACAUGAUGGAAGAAGUCUCAUUUGGGUUGCAGGAAGCAGAUGAGACUUGUAACUAUAGGCAGCUAAUGGUGGACACUUCUCGAGAUUUUCUUGCCGCGAUUGAUGAUGAAGAGAACGGACAGAGCAUUGAUAUUGAGCCAGUCCGCUUCUGCUAUGAGAAGCAAAAGUCGGCCAUCCUCACUCAAGGAUCUGUUGAGUCUUUUAGAAGGGUCUUCCGCGAUAUUCAGAAUUUGGCCUACAAGUAUGCCAGCAGAGAUAAUUCCAUGUUGGCCAUGUUUAAAGCAGGCAGCAAGGGAAACCUUCUUAAGGUUGUCCAGCACAGCAUGUGCAUUGGUAUGCAACAUUCUCUGGUCCCGUUGCCCUUCAAUUUCCCCCAUCAACUCUCCUGUUCUUCGUGGAACGCACUCGAGAAAUUUAAUAUGGUUCAGAUGCUUCGAGACUCUCAGUUUCCUGCAUCUUUCAUCCCAUGCGCUAUAGUCAAGAACUCCUUUCUCAGCGGGUUGAACCCAGCAGAGUGUUUCGUUCAUUCUGUCACGAACAGGGCAUCUUCCUUCAGUGAGAAUGCUGAGGUUCCUGGAACCUUGCAUAGGAAACUUAUGUUCUUUCUUCGGGACGUUUAUGUUUCAUAUGAUGGGACAGUAAGGAACUCAUACGGGAAUCAAAUAGUGGAGUUCAAGUACCAUGUUGAUAAGGGUAGCACAAAGGGAGAAGAUAAAGAUCAUGUUGUGGGGAUUGGAGGCAGCCCUGUUGGGUCUGCAUCAGCUUGCGCAUUCUCUGAGGCUGCUUAUAGUGCUCUGGACCAGCCAAUCAGUGUGCUCGAAACUUCUCCUCUGCUGAACCUGAAGAAUGUACUGGAAUGUGGUUCAAAGAAAAGUAAGCCCAACCAGACUAUGUCUCUCUUCUUGUCCAAGAAGCUUGGGAAACGCAGGCACGGAUUUGAAUAUGGAGCCUUAGAAGUGCAGGAUUACUUGGAGAGACGAUUCUUUUCUGAUAUUGUGUCCACUGUUAUGAUCAUCUUCACUCCAGCGAACUACAAGCAGAAAGGUUUGAGUCCUUGGGUGUGCCAUUUUCAUAUGAGCAAGGAUUUCCUGAAGAAGAGAGGGGUAACAGUGAAUUCCAUCAUCACGUCUCUUCGGAGGAGAUGCAACCCUACAAGACCUGGAUCAAAAGCUAAUAUCCCUGUCUUGGAGAUAACAAGCGACUAUUGUCCGGAAGCGGAUAAACAGACGGAAACCCAUUGCAUCACUGUCUCUAUAGUUGCUUCCACACCUCUGAAAGUAGUUGAAGACAUGGUGAUACCCUUCCUUCUUGGAACAGUCGUAAAAGGAUUCUUGGAGAUUAAGAAGGUGGACAUCUUGUGGAGUGAAAGAAAUACUACCCCGAGAUUUGGUCCCAAAUCUUCUGGUGAACUGUAUUUGCGGGUGUCGAUGUUCUCACGCUCUGAUCGGAUGAACCUAUGGAACUUGCUUAUGGAUGACUGUGUUGACAUCAUGGAUGCAAUUGACAGGACUCGCAGUCACCCCGAUAACAUCGCCGACUUCUCCUGUAUAUAUGGGAUUGAUGCAGGGCUGAAACAUUUCCUCAACAAUCUGGAGUCUGCGGUUUCUGACACUGGAAAGACCGUACUUCCGGAGCAUUUGCUUCUUGUUGGCAACUCUUUAUCAACAAGUGGAGAGUUCGUCAGCUUAAAUGCAAGGGGACUGGCUCGUCAAAGAGAGAUAGCCUCCGUUUCAUCACCCUUCUCUCAAGCAUGCUUCUCGAGUCCUGGGACAUGCUUCAUCAAGGCAGCAAAGGCAGGAGCAGUAGACAACCUCCAAGGGAGCCUUGACGCCUUGGCUUGGGGAAAGCUUCCCACGCUUGGAACGGGCGAACUAUUUGAUGUAGUAUAUUCCGGAAAGGAGCAUGAGAUCACGAAGCCCGAAGACGUGUACAGUCUGUUGAAGAACACAGUUUCGGUGAAGCAGAGUGUGAAGAUAGACCCACCCAGUAACCACUAUCAGCUGUCAGAAAAAUUUGGUGUGAAGUUCACCCCCAUAAACGAGAAUGGUGCCUUUAAAGGACUGAAGAAACUUGAGCACAUAUCCAAGUCUCUCAGAAAAUUCUUGAGUGUGAACGAUGUCAUCAAGCUGUCUCAAACGCUGAGGAACAUAUUAUACAAGUACCCUAUCAAUCACCGAGUAGGUGACCGUGACAGCUCGCUCCUGAUGAUGGCUUUGUACUUUCACCCCAACAGAGACCAGAAGAUCGGAUCUGGAGCAAAGGAGAUAAAGGUUGGCCACCACUCCAAGCACAAGGACUCCCGGUGCUUCAUACUGGUCAGGAACGAUGGCACGAUCGAGGACUUCUCGUACCACAAGUGCGUCCAUGAAGCGCUCAAGAUAAUCGCUCCCCUCAAAGCACAGAACUACCAAUCCAAGUGGCUGAAGCACGGCGACCGUGGAGAGAGCUAAAGGAAUUGAUCUGGGUUGGGCAUCCGGGCACUCUCUUCAAUUUUUUUUCUUUUAAUAUUCUAAUGGAAGAAAUACUAAUAAGAUGGCUAUCCUUUACCACGCUUCUUUUUGCUCCUUUUACUGGAAUUCGUUUGCCUUCCAUAUGGAAAUGUGGCAAAUGAAGUCUAGUGGAAGCAGCAACGAGAAGCUCUUAAAGGUGCUAUUUCUCUUCUUUUUUUGAAUUCCUCCCCUUCCCCCUCCCCCUCCCCCAAAUUCAUCAUAUGAUACAACAUCAAACAAAAGACAUGAUACUAUGUUGUCUCCAUCAUAUCGUAUGCGCGGCGAUCCAUUAUUGAGAAGCAACUUCAAUUCCUA